UGCGGCGGUGAUGUGCUCGGCACGGCUCAGUAGCCACAGAGCGGCUCCGGGCUGGGUGUGCCAGCCUGGGCUCCUGCAGGCGGCUGCACUGGGCCAUUGGCCGAGUGACUGUUCACAGAGCAUCGCUCUCUGCAAAGGAGUCCCGAAUUUGCAGAGCAUUGGUCUCUGCAAAGGAGUCCCGAAUUUGCAGAGCAUUGGUCUCUGCAAAGGAUUCCUGAACAUGCAGAGCAUUGGUCUCUGCUACACAGUCCUGAAUUUCCUUUGAAGUUUCAUUGAGGCAUUGUCGUUUAUCUGGGAUAUCCUCCCUUCAAAAUGGAUUCCGGAUUCCGAGAAAAGAUCCUGAAACCCCGUCUUUGGUCGAGGGAAGCGCUGAAGUCUUUCAGUCUGCUUCCCUCUAAGUCCCUGUGGGAGAAGUUUUUCAACACGAAGAAGAAGGCCAGCACUGCGGAGAAUAUUGCGCCCAGAACUGGCCCAUUUCUAGACAUGAGUAAGACCGGUCAAAAGUUGUCGUCAGUUCCCCCGAAGCAGAACUUGCUUCAGAUUUCCCCACCAGAGGUGGUGUUUCGGGGCUUUGUCGCUCAUGAGGUCUCUGAAAUGGUGGUGUCUCUCGUGAAUAAGGACAAGUUGCCUGAGGUGGUGAGGAUCUCCAUGGAGAGCUCGCCUUACUUCCAGCUCGUGUGCUCCAACAACGCAUACCGUGUUGUGAUGCCGGGUGUGCCUGCCCAUGUGCGCAUCCGCUUCACCCCUGGCAAGGGCAAGGAUUAUUCCCACAAGCUCAUCUGCACCACUGCAAGGGAAAGGAUAGUUGUGCCAAUUCAGGCCAUUGGUGCCCCAGCUAUCCUGGAGUUCCCUGACCAGCUGGACUUCUCGGAGUGUCCGGUCAAGCAGAGCAGCCAGAAGACUCUGCUGGUUCGUAAUGUCAGUAAGCGGGCAGCUCGUUACCAGCUGAGCACCCAGAGUCCUUUCUCCGUGGUUCCAGCCACGGGAACUGUGGGCGCUGGUGACACCGUGCAGGUGACAGUGGGAUUCCACGCGCUGAUGACCGGUGACUAUUCGGGGUCUCUGUGCUGCAACACAGGUGAAGAAAGUAGCCUCACAGAGCUCCACGCAGAAGCUGUAGAGCUCAACAUUGGGUUGAGCACAAAUUUCGUGGCGGUUGAGACGACGUUCAUCUCCAUGUCAAACCACAAAACCAUGUUCAUUGAGAACAGGAGUAACGUCACGGCCCACUUCCAGUGGAAGGCUUUUCCUACCGAGGAAGGAGAGAAUCGAGAGAAGAGGAGGCAGUGUCGUUUUCUGCGGCCGUGGUCAGAGAAGUCGCAGGAAAACUUAACGGAGGAGGAAACAUCAGAGUCAGAGAUGGGCUCUUGUGAAGAUCACACUGCCCGCCUGAGCAACACGGUCCUGGCGGAGAUAGCAAAGGUGCAACAAGACCCCAUGCUGUUCUCCGAUGACAUUUUUUUCAUUGAGCCAGUGGAGGGAGAAAUUGGGCCGAAUAGUUCGGCUGAAAUCAAGGUGACCUUCAAACCCACAGAGGCACUGGAGUACCGAAGUGUGGCUUACUGCAACAUCUCAGGCUGUGAGAGCAGGCUGCCCCUGCGCCUCAGAGGGCACGGCAAAGGACCCCUGGUUGAACUGAACUGUCGCACACUGAACCUUGGGAACGUUUCUGUCAACACCCCCCACGUUCGUGAGGUGCAGCUGGUUAACCUAGGAGCUAUUGAUGCUCCCUUCACCUAUAUCUCCUCACAUGCAAACGUGGGCUUCUGCUUCAAGUUUGCACCCAAGGAAGGCAUCAUUGCACCAGGCGGGACCCAGACGAUCCAGGUCUCCUUCGGUGCCACCGUGCUGGGGACAUUUGAGGAAGAAUUCCAGUUCAGUGUGGCUGGAUCUCCUAGGCCUGCAAUCCUGACUAUCAAGGGCAGUGUCACCGCACCGACUUCACUCUCGGACACCAUUAAGCUCAACUUGGAGGACAUCUCCUCUGGCUCUCCCAACACCAAGACCUGUUGCCUCACUGACACCUCCCCGGUGUUCCAUGACGGCCUUUGGAGAAAAAACUGCUUCCCAAACCUGCAAAUCCAGCCCAGCACGCUGGAGUUCGUGGGUGGCACUGAAGAAGUGCGCUCUCUGGAGAUGACCAACUGCAGCCCUCUUCUCGCCAAGUACCACUGGUCACUCUGUUCGGACAGCCAGGCGGACAAGCUGGGGUAUAAGCUUAACCCACCUAAAUUCAAACCCCAACCACCAAAGGAGCAAAGAACCUCCCGUUUGGAUUGCUCAGCAUACAGAAGGAGAUUCAGGAUUAGAAAGGAGGAGGUAGACAGUGCCCUGAAAGAAGCACGGGAUUUUGCCCAAUCUUUAGGAACAGAGGUGCCACCACAAACUCCUGGACCCCCUCACCUGCCACUGGAGCUGGCAGGAAUCACGUCCUCCGUGGAUGCACCUCACACUCCCCUCGAAGCGGAGGAGGCUUUCAGUAUCCUGCCGCUGUCAGGUGUGCUGCAGCCAGGAGAGAGCCAGCAGGUCUCCUUCACCUUCUCUGGCCGCCGUGACAUCCUCGGCAGCGUGAAGGCGCUGUGCUGUGUGGAGGGAGGCCCCACCUACGAGGUGGAGCUGAUCAGCUCACGCCUCAGCUACUCCCUGAGCUGCUGGGAGAUCAACUGUGGCCCUCAGAUAUUUAAUGAAAUUGGUCACAGCACGGUCACCCUGGAGAACACUGGCAGCACUGAGUUCACCUGGGUGCUGAAGCCUAACGCUUGUGACCAGCGUCUGCCUGGUGUGUUCCUGGUCAAUCCCACCACUGGCUCCAUUGCACCUGGCAAGAAGCAAGAGCUGGAAUUCUCUUACAUGCCGGGAAUACCAGGAGCUUUCACCAGGAUUUACCAGCUUAAAGUGGAUGACCUGGACCCAAAAAAUAUCCUCCUGAAAGGAGAAGCGUGCUGUCCCUUGAUCAGCGUGAACCUGCCCUGGAACACCACAGAAAAUGAAAAACAUGAGAAGCUACUGAAAGAGACUGUAAAACCCCUGCAACAGUACAGUCAGAGGAAUAAAUCAAAAGUUGUUCAGAAGACUCAGAGCCUGAAGUCUCAGACUCUGAAAACUCAGACUCCAAAGACUCAGACCUCGGAGACUCGGGAUGCGAAGCCUCAGGACCUGAAGCCCCGUUUGCUUGGCUCUGACAUGGUACCAAACACUCAGCUGCAGAUAAACACGAUGAGGAUGCUGAUAAAGAAGGCUGCUCUGGAGCAGCAGAAAAGGCUCACAUACCAUCUCCCAAAGAGCAGGUUUCCUAACAAGCAGCUACGCCAGAGUCUUGUCAAAGUUAAGCUGCCUGAGUAUAUCCUGGACAUGGGCCCUGUCCUUAAGGGUUUCACUAAGAGAAGCACUCUGGAGAUCACCAACGCAGGGCAGAUCCCAGUGUCCUUCCAGGCUGAUCUGUCUGCCCUGCAGGAUACAGGUUUCAGCGUGGACCUAGGCCUGAUAAAGAGCCUGCCCCCCAGCCACAGCGUGGCGUUUGAAGUGCACUUUGAAAGUGCCCACCAGCCACCGCGUGACGUGGAUGUGCUGCUGCCCAUAGAGGUGACAAAUGGCCCCACGUCUCACAUCCGCCUCUGUGCCACUGUGCUGGCACCGUCACUUGAACUCUCCAAGAACACGCUGCAGUUCUCUGACAUCCUUGUUGGGCAGUGCCAGGUUGAGACCAUCCGGCUCUACAACCGGUUCCAAGCCCCCUGCAAAUGGUCCAUCAAGCCUGUUCUGAAGAAGGAUCAGCACAAAUACGUGACACCAGCCCUACGCCAGAAGCAGCGGGCGCCAGAGGAUGAGCCCUGUCCCUUUGAAGUGAUGCCCUCCCAAGGAACCCUUGAUCCACAACGGUGGCAGAACUUACAAAUCUGGUUUACACCCAAGGAGGAGAGGUCUUACAAGAAUGAACUGAAGCUUAACAUGUGUGGGAGCAGCAAUCACUUAAAGCUGCACCUCUCAGGACGAGGUCUGGAGCCACGGCUGGAGUUCAGCCCCCCAGCACUAAAUAUGGGAUGGGUGCUGGUGGACAGCGAUGGGGUGGAGGCCACCGCGGUGGUGAAGAACCCAUGCAGCUUCCCCAUUGAGUUUUACUCCUUGGAUUUUGAGGAGGUGAAGAUCCUGCGGAUGGCACUGGGCUCUGAGAACCAAAAGAGCUUUUUAAUGCCUCCACGCGCCGUGGGUGGGACGCUGCUCCCAAAGGUGCUGGAGGACUAUGGAGCACAGAAGAGGCUGAAGGCUCAGCAGGCAGAACUCAAGACCAUGGCAAAGGCCAAGGUCAGGGCUGAGGCUGAGGCUGAGGACAAGGGCAAGGCAGCACCAGGAUAUCACAGGGUUGUCACGAGCUAUUCUGAGCCCAUGGUGAAAGCGACUGGCAAUCCUGUCUCUCGGGCUGACCUGUGCCAGCUGUGCAUUGCUCAGAAGACCAGUAAGCCCCAGGAGAAGGUGGAGAAGAAGCCUGAACAAAACCGUGAAGGCCCAAGGAGUCGUCAGUCAUUUCAGCUGGAGGCGCAAAGUGAAGUUGCAGAAGGGGCAGUCAGAGACUGCCGUGACGGGGCGCUGUGCCUGGACAUGCAGGUCACAGAUCCGAGGGCCAUGAUGGGGGAGAUCCCGAGGGAGGACCAGAUGCUGGAACAUCUGGGGCUGCAUCCCGACGGGCCUCCCCUUCCCCCUGCUGCUGUGCUCUCCAUAGUGGAGUACCCAGAGGAGCGGCUGGGCCCUGCAGGGCGUGUGGAGCCCUUCACCCUCCUGGCACCGCAAGAGGCCGAGGCCCCAGAUAUGAGGGGCAGUUCUGCCGAGGGCCAACCAAAGAUGGGUGAAGCGGCCAGCAGAGACAGCUCUGCAAAGGAGAGCCAGGUGUCCACACAGAGAACAGAAAGUCCCCAGGAUUCCCCCACAACAAGCAGCAAAAGCACGAUGGAAAGUGCCUCAAUGCCCACAGAAUUCCUCAGGCUGAAACGGUACCGGUGGGUAGUGCCUGCCCACGGUGAGGUGGAACCGAAGGUUCACUUCUCCACCAAAAGGCCAGGGAAGUUUGAGCAGACGCUGAGGUUUGAGCUCGUGCAGACAAAGCGCCCGUACGAGCUGCCCUGCUGUGGCACCGGCCUGUACCCCAGCAUCAGCCAGGACCCACGGGUGGUGUUUCCACAGUGGAGGAAAACCAUGAAGGAAGAUGAAAUAAUCUUCAAGGAGUAUGUUGAAAGCACAGAGCGAUUCCACUUUGGGCCGCUGAUGUGUGGGAAAUCAAGAGAGUGGUACAAGGCCCAGAACUGUCCUGGCAACGCGGAGAAUAUAACCAUCCUCAACAGCUCCCCCAUGGAUGUAGAGGUCCAGUUCUCCUUUGAGAAUGCUGGGGAAGCAGAGACGUUCCUUUUGGACCCUCCCAGCAUGGCGCUGAAACCAAAGCAGAAGCAGGAGCUGACCAUUUGGGCAUACCCCACUUCCCCUGGCUUCCUGCAAGACAAACUCAUCUGCAGCGUUGGGAAGAACCCGGAGCCAGUGGUCUUCAGCCUGUGCUGCCUUGGGGUGCGCAUGAAGCUGGAGGUCAGCCCCCUGGGGCUGUCUUUUAACAAGCAGUUUCUGCACAGCACUGACAGCAGGACCUUGGUCCUGAGAAACGACACCCUGCUGCCCGUGGCCUGGCAGCUCAGUGGGCUGGAUGACCUUGCUGAGAACUUCUCCUUGUCACAAGAUAACGGCGCCAUUGAUCCCCGCUCAGAGUUUGAAGUGACAGCGCAUUUCAGGGCCGGGCAGAUGGGCAGCAUUGAGAAGACUCUCCAGCUAGAGGUUUCAGAUCCAGAAAACAUCCUGGGGAUUGUUCAGGCCGAAAACAUCAAAAUCUCCGCAGAGGUCUAUAACAUUUCUCUGAGCUUUGACAUGCCUGAAGGUCCAGGUGGAAGUUUGGAAUUUGGAACCAUUAAUGUCCUCGAUAAUGCGAAGCACGUCCUGACUCUACAGAACAAAGGGGCAUACAACAUUGAGUACAGUUUCACGCUGGGCGGUGCAGGUCCCAGGAUGCGAGACGUGGCCUCCCACUUCACUGUUGAGCCUAAGUCGGGCAUGCUGACUGCCUCCCAGCCUGGCGUGGAUGUUGAGAUGCUCUUCCACCCCACAAGAGAAAUUCUCCUCAAGGACAAACCCAUCCUGUACUGUCAGGUGAGAGAUGCCAGCUCCGGUGAAGGAAGCGAGCUUGUCGGCAACAUCCCGUUGAGGGUGUCGGCGAAAGCCGAGUACAGCAAGUGCAGCGUUGAGCCUGCCUCACCCAUCAACUUCGGAGCCAUGGUCAAGGGCUCCAGGAAGACCCUGACGGUCGUGCUGGACAACAAAGGCACACUCAACUUCAAAUUCUGCAUCCGCCAAGCACCCGAGGAGGCAUCAGCCUUGGAAAGCAAAAGUUUACAGCAAGGGGAAUCUGCAAAGUGCUCACUGAGAAGGAAAUCAAGUUCCUCGACACAGAGUCGCCUCAGUGUUGGCAUGUUCACGGUGUCCCCCUGCUCCGGUUCCAUCGGUCCCGGGGGCCAGCAGAAGAUCUCAGUGGAAUGCCUUGCCAGGCAGGAGGGGACGUGUGAGAAGCAGCUCUACGUUGACAUCACGGGCAGAGACCCCAAGGACAAUCCCCUCGGCAUUCCCUUUACCCUGAUUGCCAAGUCCUGCCUCCCAGCACUUGUUGAGGACGUCACAUCAAUCUUUGAGGACUACCCGAUCUGCAGCAGCAGCGACCUCGUCCAGAAGAUGCAGUCGGUGAAAGGCGCCGGCCUGUUCGUCACAGAUGAGAACAGAUUCAUCUUCAGCAAUAUUCAGGUUGGGCGAGAGGCUGAAGCUCAUUUCAGUAUCUACAACGCACGCCAUCUGCCAUGUGACGUGGUCCUCUCCAUCAAACCGCUGUCUGGAGAGGAAAAAAGCCCUAUCGAAAACAUUUUCAAGUUGUAUCCAGUCAAGAUGUCCAUUCCCGGCUCAUCCUAUGCCAUUGCUACGGUGACCUUCACCCCACCAGAGGAGCAGAACUACAACUGCACUUUCAAGGCUUCCCUUGUCAUCCCAAAAGGCUCUGUGGGAAUUGAACCCCAAAUCCUGACCUUCACCAUCAGCGGGAAGGGGCACGAGCCGCGGUUGACAGUCGUGUGCUGCCAGGUUGAGACCAUCCGGCUCUACAACCGGUUCCAAGCCCCCUGCAAAUGGUCCAUCAAGCCUGUUCUGAAGAAGGAUCAGCACAAAUACGUGACACCAGCCCUACGCCAGAAGCAGCGGGCGCCAGAGGAUGAGCCCUGUCCCUUUGAAGUGAUGCCCUCCCAAGGAACCCUUGAUCCACAACGGUGGCAGAACUUACAAAUCUGGUUUACACCCAAGGAGGAGAGGUCUUACAAGAAUGAACUGAAGCUUAACAUGUGUGGGAGCAGCAAUCACUUAAAGCUGCACCUCUCAGGACGAGGUCUGGAGCCACGGCUGGAGUUCAGCCCCCCAGCACUAAAUAUGGGAUGGGUGCUGGUGGACAGCGAUGGGGUGGAGGCCACCGCGGUGGUGAAGAACCCAUGCAGCUUCCCCAUUGAGUUUUACUCCUUGGAUUUUGAGGAGGUGAAGAUCCUGCGGAUGGCACUGGGCUCUGAGAACCAAAAGAGCUUUUUAAUGCCUCCACGCGCCGUGGGUGGGACGCUGCUCCCAAAGGUGCUGGAGGACUAUGGAGCACAGAAGAGGCUGAAGGCUCAGCAGGCAGAACUCAAGACCAUGGCAAAGGCCAAGGUCAGGGCUGAGGCUGAGGCUGAGGACAAGGGCAAGGCAGCACCAGGAUAUCACAAGGUUGUCACGAGCUAUUCUGAGCCCAUGGUGAAAGCGACUGGCAAUCCUGUCUCUCGGGCUGACCUGUGCCACCUGCGCAUUGCUCAGAAGACCAAUAAGCCCCAGGAGAAGGUGGAGAAGAAGCCUGAACAAAACCGUGAAGGCCCAAGGAGUCGUCAGUCCUUUCAGCUGGAGGCGCAAAGUGAAAUUGCAGAAGGGGCAGUCAGAGACUGCCGUGACGGGGCGCUGUGCCUGGACAUGCAGGUCACAGAUCCGAGGGCCACGAUGGGGGAGAUCCCGAGGGAGGACCAGAUGCUGGAACAUCUGGGGCUGCAUCCCGACGGGCCUCCCCUUCCCCCUGCUGCUGUGCUCUCCAUAGUGGAGUACCCAGAGGAGCGGCUGGGCCCUGCAGGGCGUGUGGAGCCCUUCACCCUCCUGGCACCGCAAGAGGCCGAGGCCCCAGAUAUGAGGGGCGGUUCUGCCGAGGGCCAACCAAAGAUGGGUGAAGCGGCCAGCAGAGACAGCUCUGCAAAGGAGAGCCAGGUGUCCACACAGAGAACAGAAAGUCCCCAGGAUUCCCCCACAACAAGCAGCAAAAGCACGAUGGAAAGUGCCUCAAUGCCCACAGAAUUCCUCAGGCUGAAACGGUACCGGUGGGUAGUGCCUGCCCACGGUGAGGUGGAACCGAAGGUUCACUUCUCCACCAAAAAGCCAGGGAAGUUUGAGCAGACGCUGAGGUUUGAGCUCGUGCAGACAAAGCGCCCGUACGAGCUGCCCUGCUGUGGCACCGGCCUGUACCCCAGCAUCAGCCAGGACCCACGGGUGGUGUUUCCACAGUGGAGGAAAACCAUGAAGGAAGAUGAAAUAAUCUUCAAGGAGUAUGUUGAAAGCACAGAGCGAUUCCACUUUGGGCCGCUGAUGUGUGGGAAAUCAAGAGAGUGGUACAAGGCCCAGAACUGUCCUGGCAACGCGGAGAAUAUAACCAUCCUCAACAGCUCCCCCAUGGAUGUAGAGGUCCAGUUCUCCUUUGAGAAUGCUGGGGAAGCAGAGACGUUCCUUUUGGACCCUCCCAGCAUGGCGCUGAAACCAAAGCAGAAGCAGGAGCUGACCAUUUGGGCAUACCCCACUUCCCCUGGCUUCCUGCAAGACAAACUCAUCUGCAGCGUUGGGAAGAACCCGGAGCCAGUGGUCUUCAGCCUGUGCUGCCUUGGGGUGCGCAUGAAGCUGGAGGUCAGCCCCCUGGGGCUGUCUUUUAACAAGCAGUUUCUGCACAGCACUGACAGCAGGACCUUGGUCCUGAGAAACGACACCCUGCUGCCCGUGGCCUGGCAGCUCAGUGGGCUGGAUGACCUUGCUGAGAACUUCUCCUUGUCACAAGAUAACGGCGCCAUUGAUCCCCGCUCAGAGUUUGAAGUGACAGUGCAUUUCAGGGCCGGGCAGAUGGGCAGCAUUGAGAAGACUCUCCAGCUAGAGGUUUCAGAUCCAGAAAACAUCCUGGGGAUUGUUCAGGCCGAAAACAUCAAAAUCUCCGCAGAGGUCUAUAACAUUUCUCUGAGCUUUGACAUGCCUGAAGGUCCAGGUGGAAGUUUGGAAUUUGGAACCAUUAAUGUCCUCGAUAAUGCGAAGCACGUCCUGACUCUACAGAACAAAGGGGCAUACAACAUUGAGUACAGUUUCAUGCUGGGCGGUGCAGGUCCCAGGAUGCGAGACGUGGCCUCCCACUUCACUGUUGAGCCUAAGUCGGGCAUGCUGACUGCCUCCCAGCCUGGCGUGGAUGUUGAGAUGCUCUUCCACCCCACAAGAGAAAUUCUCCUCAAGGACAAACCCAUCCUGUACUGUCAGGUGAGAGAUGCCAGCUCCGGUGAAGGAAGCGAGCUUGUCGGCAACAUCCCGUUGAGGGUGUCGGCGAAAGCCGAGUACAGCAAGUGCAGCGUUGAGCCUGCCUCACCCAUCAACUUCGGAGCCAUGGUCAAGGGCUCCAGGAAGACCCUGACGGUCGUGCUGGACAACAAAGGCACACUCAACUUCAAAUUCUGCAUCCGCCAAGCACCCGAGGAGGCAUCAGCCUUGGAAAGCAAAAGUUUACAGCAAGGGGAAUCUGCAAAGUGCUCACUGAGAAGGAAAUCAAGUUCCUCGACACAGAGUCGCCUCAGUGUUGGCAUGUUCACGGUGUCCCCCUGCUCCGGUUCCAUCGGUCCCGGGGGCCAGCAGAAGAUCUCAGUGGAAUGCCUUGCCAGGCAGGAGGGGACGUGUGAGAAGCAGCUCUACGUUGACAUCACGGGCAGAGACCCCAAGGACAAUCCCCUCGGCAUUCCCUUUACCCUGAUUGCCAAGUCCUGCCUCCCAGCACUUGUUGAGGACGUCACAUCAAUCUUUGAGGACUACCCGAUCUGCAGCAGCAGCGACCUCGUCCAGAAGAUGCAGUCGGUGAAAGGCGCCGGCCUGUUCGUCACAGAUGAGAACAGAUUCAUCUUCAGCAAUAUUCAGGUUGGGCGAGAGGCUGAAGCUCAUUUCAGUAUCUACAACGCACGCCAUCUGCCAUGUGACGUGGUCCUCUCCAUCAAACCGCUGUCUGGAGAGGAAAAAAGCCCUAUCGAAAACAUUUUCAAGUUGUAUCCAGUCAAGAUGUCCAUUGCCGGCUCAUCCUAUGCCAUUGCUACGGUGACCUUCACCCCACCAGAGGAGCAGAACUACAACUGCACUUUCAAGGCUUCCCUUGUCAUCCCAAAAGGCUCUGUGGGAAUUGAACCCCAAAUCCUGACCUUCACCAUCAGCGGGAAGGGGCACGAGCCGCGGUUGACAGUCGUGUGCUCAAGUGCUCGCAGCGAGAGGGGAAACGCCGUGCUGCGCUUCAAGAGGCUCCAGCUGUGGGAUUCAGAGGUGCUCCCUCUGGUCACCCGUAACGAUGGCAUCAUACCUGUCAAGUUUAUGUUACUCCUGGAGGAUGAGCAUGGAAUGUUCUUCUUGAAAGGCAGGACCUCCCCAGUCAAGGUAUUCCACACUGGAGAUGUGAAAAAGGAACUCAUUGGAAAAGCGAGCAAGCUCCCAAAGAAGCCUUUCUUCCUUCUGAGUCCCGGGAAAUCAACUGAGUUUGAUGUAAUUUUCAAACCCACCCUGGCUCAACAUCUGGAAGGGAAGACUCAUGUGUUAGUGAAGGACAGCUACUCUAACGAGACCCUAAUAGAGCUGGUGGGUGAAGGCCACAAGGAGGAAUUCACCCUGCUUGGACUAGAGGAUGACACACAGGAAAGGAAUGUUAAGAGCAGUCUGAAGAAAGACAUCACUGAUGCUGUCAGAGUGAAUCACAUCGAGUUUGGGGACUGUCCUGUCGGGAAGCGCUGCUACAGGACCUUCGCCGUCACCAACCGCAGCCUUAAGCAGUUCAUGCGCUUUGAGUGGGAGGCAGAUGCCCCAUUCCUGUUCUCCCCCAAGGUGGGACACCUCCAUCCUGGCUGUGCCAAGGACAUCACAGUGAUCUUGAAAUCAGAUGUCCCAGCCACCUUCAGGAGGCCCCUUGUGAAAUGUAAGAUGACCAAGGUCAACUUUGAGCUGCCACAAAAGAAGGUUCCUGACUGGGAUGACCAAAUGUGCAUUGUCACAUGGAAGGAUACCACCAGGAAAGACCCGGCAGCCGCCACGCGGCCUAAAAUAAAGCAGGUGGUCGAGACAGCCCCGGAACCGGCUCACACUGUGGUGGAGGAGAGCAGCCAGGAGUUGGAGGUGUACCGCAGUGCUGUGGUUGCCUACACCCAGUUCAAGCUGAGCACGACCAUGAUUCAGUUCAAGAGUACCUUGCCCUUCCAGACAGGGACAGCCACUUUCACACUGCAAAACACAGGCGAGGUAGCUCUGGAAUACUCCUGGGAGAAACCUGCAGGGAGUGAACCAGUGAAGAAGCUGAAGAAGCCAUACUCAACCACUCUGAUGCGUCGGUUCCUCUCCUAUGAUACUGUAAAGCAUCGCAGAAAGCUGCUGCGUCUUUUCUGGUCGGAGCAGGACCAUCCUUCGGAGACACAUCCUAAAGUGCGGAGGCUGCGGCGGCCUGCUGAGCAGCAGCAGGAUUCUGAGCAGCAGCAGGAGCCAGAUUCCAAGUGGCAGCAGGAUUCUGAGCAGGAGCUGGAUUCCGAGCAGGAUUCCGAGCAGGAUUCCGUGCAGGAGCUGGAUUUCGUGCAGGAGCUGGAUUUUGAGCAGCAGCAGUAUUCUGAGCAGGAGGACCGUGUCAGCACCUCCCUAGAAGUUUUUCCAGAUGUUGUCCAUGACCUGUUCUCAAUCAACCCCUACUGUGGCAUCAUUGCUCCUGGCCAGAAGGAGACCUUUGACGUGCAGUUCUUCCCAGAGUGCCUGGGGAAGUUUAAGACCACCCUGCUGUGCAGGAUUCCUAACCUGCAGCCAGGUGAGAAGAUGGGGCAGGUGACUUUGGAAGGCAGAGCCCAGGAGAAGGACAGUCUGGAUAAACCAUUAGAAGAGACAGAGUAAGGCCAGGGACCCAAGAAGGAGGUGCUCUAAAGACCAACACUUGAGUGACAACAUUUGUGUCAGCUGGAGCGUGCGGCAGGAGCUGGUGACAUCCUACCUUCUGCUGCUGGUGGUCUCCCACCCUUCACCAGAGACCUCUGCAGCUACCCUCCCACGUUCCAGUGAGCACCUCCCUCUUACCUAAGUUGAUUAACUAAUUGUUGAUUAGAUUGAUAAGUAAUUGAUAAUUGUCCGUUAACUGUUAAUAAACAAUUGCUAAUAAA